AAAAAAAAAAAAUCAUGAGCGUUAGCAUCACGCUUUCUUCCGAAAAGAACUCUUAUAUAAACCUUUCUUCCCGGAAAUGUUCCAGCGUCUCACUAUCUUUUCUCUCUCUAGAAAAACCUCACACAGCAUCCGUGCAGUUAACAAUGUCGACCGCCGAACCUGAGCACGAACGCCGUACAGAGGAAGAAGCCGCCGGAGCCGAUGACGAAGAUACCGGAGCUCAAGUUGCGCCGAUUGUACGGCUAGAAGAAGUAGCCGUAACAACUGGCGAAGAGAACGAAGAUGCUAUUCUCGAUUUGAAAGCUAAGCUUUAUCGAUUUGACAAAGGUGGAAAUCAGUGGAAAGAGAGAGGUGCUGGUACUGUUAAAUUUUUAAAGCAUAAGGAAACUGGAAAAGUUCGCCUUGUUAUGCGUCAAUCCAAGACUCUCAAGAUCUGUGCCAAUCAUCUAGUUAUUCCAACGAUGACCGUUCAGGAACAUGCUGGAAACGAGAAGUCUUGUGUUUGGCAUGCAGCAGAUUUUGCUGAUGGCGAAUUGAAGGAUGAAUUUUUCUGUAUCAGAUUUGCAUCCAUUGAGAAUUGCAAGACCUUCAUGGAGACUUUCCAAGAGGUUGCUGAAUCACAAAAGAAGAAAGAGGAAAAUGAGGAUGCAUCUAAAGCUGAAGAGGAAAAUGAGGAUGCAUCUAAAGCUGCUGGCCUACUUGAGAAGUUGAGUGUUGAAGAUAAGAAAUCAGAAGAAAAGAGCGAGGAGAAAGCUGAGGAGAAAACAAAGGCAGAUGACAUCAAAGAAGAGAAGCCUUCUGAUGAUGCAGAGAAAAAGGAUGAGACUGCUUCAGCCUGAGAGAUGUUUGUCAUGCACUCCAAAUGUAGUUGGUGAGGUUCGUAGUACCUCCAGUUUUGCCAACCAAAUUUGGGUAUAGUCUGGUCAAGUGCAAGAGGUGUUUACUUCUUGGUGUUGGUUUGGGCAGGGUCGUCUUGUGUGUGUGUGUGUGUGUGUGGGUGGGGGGGGGGGGGGGGGGCGAGUUUGUUAUUUGUUUUGUCCAUCUCCUGGGGUGUUUCAAUGUCUUGGAGAAACGUUAAGGUCGGUCUUGUUCUCUGAUUGAGCUAUUGUGUUGGUCUACUAGCAAGUCUUGGUAAUUAUAUUCCCAUCUGUACGUUGUUUAAGUUGGUCCUCUUUUCGAGGCUGUUCUUUCUCAGUGACUUUGGUUCCAUAUAAUUCCAUUCAUUACUUAGCUGAUGCA